AUGGAUGAGGACCUAGUGUUAAUUUCACAUAGCGUCUGCAAGAAAAGAACCGCUGCAGAAGCUCAACUUUCUCCUAUUUCGCCAAAUGGAGAAUUUGUGACUACAUAUUAUACUCCAACGACGAAGACAAAAACCAGUAAACGCCAAAAAUUCAGGUCCAAACUAUUGAAAUGUUUUAGUAAAUCAGAGGAUUCUGCUUCAGCCUUUGGUGACACCGAUUGGACAAUUCAGCUAAAUAAUAAUGUUGGAAAUAGCCAAAUGCCUGAAAGUCUUCUUGGCAGUAGGGUUCACAAUGGAAGCGGUAUCACAAUGACGAGUAAUCACAACUCCGGAGAGGAAAAUUUAGCAUGUAGUUUAGAUAAGCCGCAUGAUUCCAGUAAUCCAUUCUACAUUGCAUCUAUAAGUUCUAGCAAACAUGAAGCUUAUUCUAGUGGAUUGGCACCAGUAUUUGGAGCUCAGGAGGCAUAUGUUCCACGUUCUGUGAAUAAAAUUCCCAUGACUUCGAAUACUUCUGCUGGCAGGGGAGACCAGGAGUCACCAAAAAAGCACCGUUUUAGAAUAUGGUUAAAUGAGAAUUGUCCAAGAUCUAGUGAUAGAAAGGUAACCAUGGCUCUGAAGGAUAUUUUUGCUGCAAUUGCUGAAGAAGCUGCCAAAUUCGCGUCUAUACGCGGCAAGUCCAAAGCCGCUGUGGAAGCAGGUGCUGUUACUACUGCUGCUUAUGCACGCGUGAAUGCUGCCACAUUUAGGCCCUCUUUCAACAAUGGUGAUGCUGCCAAAAUAAUCAAAGAAGCGUGUCAAGAUGUACUCACUGUAUCGCUGGUUCCAAAAUGGAAGAAUAUUGAUUAUGUUAAGCUCUUCAGUAUUUACCAGUAUGAGCUCAAUUUAAGGGAAGCCCAGGCUAAUGAAUCCUUGCGACGGUCCAGUUUAAAGAGUGGGAUUGAUGGUUUGACUAUUGAGAAUAGCAUUGGAGAGACAUUCAGUGAAAAAGAACUUGAACCCGGUCGGCGGGUUCAAUUUGUCAAUCUCGAAGAGGGUUUUGAAAAGGAAAGCAACUCCAGCGCUCUUAAUUCAGAAUGUGAUUCGCCAUCCGAAGCCUUUGUAGAGGACUUUGAAUCGAAUUUUCUUGAUGAAGGGGAUUAUGCACUUUCUACAAGAACCAAAAAAUGGAUGAACUUAUUAAUGUCUCGAAUUGACUUUUUUGGAAAAACUACAGAUAUCGUUAGAACUUUUGGUGAUGGGAUUGAUAAUAGAUCAAUUGGAACCAACGGUAUGAAUAAUCAAAAAAAUUUGCCUUUUGAACUGGAGUGCCCAAAUGCCGAUGAGUUGGAUGAUGGUUUCAAUCCUUGUAUGUUGGACAAUUCCUUGAUUGAUGCUCUUCUGCCACAUAUAGAGAGUGGUCUCUCACCUUCGCAUAGAAUUUCAGAUGAAAUAAGCGCUGCAAUGACUACAGAAAUUUCGACAACAAACCCAGGUUUUUGCGUAUAUUUUGGCAAUGCCUCUGAGGGUAGUAGUGCUACCCUGGAAUCUAAUUUUGAGGUAAAAACUAAAAAAGCUGCUGAAGAUAUAGGAGUAAGGACUGAUGAACGUAAUACUUUGGAAUCUUUAGCAUUCAGAGAGGUGGCUACUCCAAGGGAUACUAGUUUUUCUAGUUGCGAUAAUCAUUCAGUAGAUUUUUCUAAGGCAUACCUACGAAUAGAAAUAUUGAAUUCACAUUUCGAUCAAAUAAGUUCACAGGUAGAAAAGAUCGUUUCGGGAGCGGUACGAGAUGAUAUUUCCAAUGAAUUACCUUUGAAAAAUUACCAAAGCCCAUUUAUUGCCGCGGAUGGGUCGUGUGAUGCACCUGUACCGUUCAAAAAUAACUAUAGCGCUCUGAAUACUUCUGCAGAUGUAGUUGGUUCGAGUGAUAGAAAAUACAGUAUUGAAGAUUUAUCCCCUACUGCCACUGCAGAUCCUAAAAUGCAAGUCAAGGAAUUACUUUCGCAAAUUGACUCUAUGUUGAAUACUACUAAGAUGGGACAAUACCAAGCUAACCGAGAAAACAGCAGUACAUCAAGGGAGAAUAGGCUGCAUUUAGAUAUUGAUACCGAGCAAACUAUUCCACAAAUAGAUGAGUUGCUGUCACUCAUUGAUGUUGCAAUGGUGCCAGCCACUAGUGAGAACUCAAAAAUUGAUACACAAUGCAUUCCAAAUUUAAAUGUUCGAGAUACAAUUAUUGGUAAAGCACCACUUGAUAGUUUAAUCCCUCGGGUAGACUGUAGGCUAUUCGAUACUGAUUGCGUGGACUCUCCUGCUACAAAAAUUGAGGAUCCCAUAGAUUCUUUAUCUUGUGAAUAUGGAAAACAAGAUAGUACAAAUUCAGGACCUCAAGUGAAUGCACUUCUUGCACAGAUAGAUUCGGUCAUUACGAAUUUUGAUUCGAAUGACUAA